CUUGGCCACCCUGGAAUUGGGUUCAAAGUGCCAUGGCAACGACAAGAAUAGGGAGAAAACAUGAAUGGUGAACAGUGGCUCCAUGUUGUGCUGCACUGAAGGCGAUGCUCAUUUAGAUAAGAUUUGUAUUCUGCAAGUGUUGCUGCUUCGCCGGUCGGGUACAUUAAUGGUCUGUCCGUGAAGGCAUCACGAGACAGUGUGUGAAUCUGGAUGGAGGUUAUAUUUAGACCCAGAGAGGGAGAGAAAAAAAUAGCGUUGUUGAGGGUGAUUCCUCUGAAUGGUUGCUUGGUUUUGUCAAGGACCUGCUGCAAGAGCGGAGGAGGAGGGGGGAUGGCCAAUGCGCAGGAAUACCAAAAUAGGUUCGAGCUGCAUGCGACUGUCCUGCUGGAGCUAAAUUAAGGUUGAUGUGUUUUGGAGAGGGGCAUUCAAAGAGAGGACACAGCCGAUCUUCUGUGACCAACACGUGUCAUUCAUGGAAACAAGGUUAAAGAUACAAUGUCACACAGCCAAAGUGAGAUGUACACAUACGACUUCAGCGAUGGAGACCAUGCAGCAGAGCUCCUGGACGCACUCAGGCAUUUCUACAUGAAUGGCCUCUUCACGGACGUUUCUCUGCAAUGUGGAGACUCCGGACAGGUGUUCCAAUGCCACAAAGCUCUGCUGUCAGCCAGGAGCUCCUAUUUUAAAGUCAUGUUCACAGCUGAUAUGAGAGAGAGGUCCAACAGCGUGAUCAAGCUUACUGGGGUGGACUGUGUCGUCCUGGGUGCUCUGGUGAACUAUGUGUACACAGCUCAGGUUGACAUCACUGAAAGCAAUGUGCAGAGCCUGCUGGAGGCUGCAGACCUCCUGCAGUUCCUCUCUGUGAAACAAGCCUGCGAGGGGUUUCUAAUUCGUUUACUUGAUGUGGGGAACUGCCUCGGGAUGCAUGCUUUUGCACAGCUGCAUCUGUGUCCCAGCCUGGAGAGGGAAGCCCGCAGGGUGAUGCUGAGCCGGUUCACAGAGCUCAUUCUGCAGGAAGAGUUCCUUGAGCUGGAUCAUGAGAGGAUUAGAUCAGUGUUGGCGGCUCAGAGCCUCACUGUGCAGAGGGAUGAGGUGCUAAUAGACGCUGUAGCCAAAUGGGUAACUCAUGACUUGGAUAACCGUGUGCACCAUGCUGCAGACUUGCUGUGCUGCAUCCAUCUCCACCUGGAUGAGAUCUACUUCAAGGCUACCUUAGAAGUGCAAAGACCAUGCUUGCUGAAAAGUGAGGGGAAAUUAAAAGCUUUGAUCAAUCAGGCAUUAAGAUCAAAUGGCAAGGAGAUGUCUGCAUGCAGGAAAAUCUCAUCCAGCAUGUACAUAAUUGGUGGAUACUACUGGCACCCUCUUUGUGAAGUCCACAUAUGGGAUCCUAUCAGUAACACCUGGGUGCAAGGAAAAGACAUGCCUGAACAUGGGAUAGAAAGCUACAGCGUCAGUUUAUUGGGAGCAAAUAUCUACGUUACAGGAGGUUACAAGACAAACACUGUGGAGGCUCUGGAAACUGUUUCUAUAUACAACUGUGACUAUGAUGAAUGGACCGAGGGUUGUCCCAUGAUAACAGCUAGAUACUACCAUUGCUCGGUGGCUUUGCACGGCUGUAUUUAUGCAAUUGGAGGCUACCGAGGAGGAGCUCCGGAGCAGGAGACAGAGUUUUACGAUCCUUUGAAAAAGAAAUGGUUCCCUGUGGCCAAAAUGAUCCAAGGUGUUGGAAAUGCCACUGCCUGUGUAAUGGGAGAGAAAAUCUAUGUGACUGGAGGUCAUUAUGGAUACAGAGGAAACUGCACGUAUGAGAAAAUCCAAGUCUACAGGCCAGAUGUGAAUGAGUGGAGUAUUUUUACAGUAAGCCCCCAUCCAGAGUACGGGCUGUGUUCUGUGUCCCUCCACAAUAAGCUGUACUUGGUGGGUGGGCAGACAACUGUUGCAGACUGCUACGAUACAGAGAACGAUGAGUGGAGGCCGAUGUCAGUGAUGAAGGAGAGGAGGAUGGAGUGUGGGGCGGUGGUGAUAAAUGAUUGUAUUUAUGUAACAGGAGGUUAUUCCUAUUCAAAAGGGACUUAUCUGCAGAGUAUUGAGAAAUACGACCCUCAGCUGGACUCCUGGGAGAUUGUGGGGACUCUUCCGGGCCCUGCCAGAUCACAUGGAUGUGUCAGUGUCUUCAGUGUUUAGUUUCUCAUCAGUACUGUUGUCAUUUGUGCCAAACAUCAAAUUAUUAACUGUAAUCUGUGAAGUGUGAGAAUGUCAGCUGCACUGUCAUGCCAUAUUUUGUGAUAGGCCAUGUUUUGCUCUGGAUACUGUGUUAGAGCCACACGUUUACCAAACUGUGAAUAUAAGGAACUAGCUUUUUACUUACAACUCAGGGGCUUUACAGUUAGCAGUUUAUUUAAUAUAUUUUGAUUUUGUUUUAAUAAAUGAAAAUAAAUACCAGAAGGUAAAAGAAGGUAACCAAA